UUUCCCUCCUUUUCUUCCUCAUUUCCUACGUACUUCACAUUCUCUGUUUCUUCCCCCAUUGACGUACUCGUACACCGACCCACCGACCGUGGCCCACAUUAUCCGUUCACCUCCUGCGCACGUUAGCAAGCACCCUCUUUUCCCCUUCCUCUUCCCCGUCCACUCAUCCAUGGCCGCUAACUCCGCCGCCUUGCAACCGGGUCGGGUUCGGAUUCUGAAAGAAGCGUCCAAAUCGGCGGGUCAAAAUGUGGGUCCCGUCGUUUACUGGAUGUUCAGAGACCAAAGGGUUAGAGACAAUUGGGCCUUGAUCCACGCCGUUGAGCAGGCCCACAAGGCCAAUGUCCCCGUGGCUGUGGCGUUCAAUCUGUUUGAUCAGUUUCUUGGCGCCAAAGCCCGCCAGUUAGGGUUUAUGCUGAGGGGUUUGCGACAAUUGCAUCGUGAUCUUGAAGAAACGCAUCAAAUUCCAUUUUUUCUCUUCCGGGGAAAUGCUGAGGACACUAUACCCAAUUUUGUGAGUGAAUGUGGGGCUUCACUUUUAGUAACGGACUUCUCACCCUUACGGGAAGUUCGGAAAUGUAAAGAGGAAAUUUGCAAGAGGGUUAGUGAUUUUGUGACAAUACAUGAAGUUGAUGCACACAAUGUGGUGCCCCUUUGGGCGGCAUCAGAGAAGUUGGAGUAUAGUGCUAGGACUAUAAGGAGUAAGAUAAACAAAAAGCUUCCAGAGUACCUAAUCGAAUUUCCUAUGCUGCAGCCACCAGUUACAAAAUGGGUGGGCACUAGUCGAUUGAUUGACUGGGAUAGCCUCAUUGACGAAGUUUUGAGGAAAGGAGCAGAAGUUCCUGAAAUCGAUUGGUGUGAACCGGGAGAAAAGGCGGCAAUGGAAGUUUUGAUGGGUAGCAAAAAUGGGUUCUUGACGACAAGGUUGAAGGGUUAUUCAUUAGACCGGAAUAACCCUUUGAAACCGAGAGGUCUCUCGGGUCUUUCUCCAUAUUUGCAUUUUGGGCAAAUAUCUGCACAGAGGUGCGCCUUAGAGGCACGUAGCAUCCGGAAACUCUGUCCUGAGGCAGUCGAUGCAUUUGUAGAGGAGCUGAUUGUGCGCCGAGAACUUGCCGAUAACUUCUGCUUCUACCAGCCUCAUUAUGAUUCAUUACAAGGGGCAUGGGAAUGGGCACGUAAAACUUUGAUGGACCAUGCUUUUGAUAAGCGAGAACAUAUUUACACUAAGGAGCAAUUGGAGAAGGCACAAACAGCCGAUCCUCUCUGGAAUGCCUCUCAAUUGGAGAUGGUUUAUUAUGGGAAGAUGCAUGGUUUUAUGCGGAUGUAUUGGGCAAAAAAGAUUCUUGAGUGGACAAGAGGACCUGAAGAAGCCCUUGAAAUAUCCAUAUACCUAAAUAACAAGUAUGAAAUAGAUGGAAGGGAUCCGAAUGGGUAUGUUGGUUGCAUGUGGUCAGUAUGUGGUGUUCACGACCAGGGUUGGAAGGAACGGCCAAUUUUUGGGAAAAUACGUUACAUGAACUAUGCAGGCUGCAAAAGGAAAUUUGAUGUGGAUGGAUACAUUGCCUAUGUAAAGAGGCUUGGUGAAACCAAGAAGAGAAAAGCAGAAAGUCUACUUGGCAGAAAGGCAAAAGAACUCUGCACUUAGUGCUUUGGAUUAUUGAAGUGAAUGUAGUAAUCUGCAGAAUCGUCACGAAGAAAAGCAUAGUUAGAACUUAGAUGACAGUUUAUAAAGAAAGAUAGGUAAUAGAGUUGCAGGCCUUCUCAGUAAAACCUAUAUUCCAAGCUGUCACGGGUUCUGCCCGCCCAAAUUGCAACCAUUUGGUGCCAGGUUUUUUUGCCUCUUAGAAUGCUCUAGGUCUUAUUGUUGCUCAACUAUGUACUGGAAUUCUUGUUUCUUUCCCCCCUCUUUGGCGAAUGUAUUUAUCCAUUACAUGAAAACCGCCUUAUUAUAGAAAAAA